CAGAAGCGCCACUGGACUUUCAGCGUCGCGCUCACUGGUGCGGUCACAAAUGGACAACAGGGCUCAAGGUGGGAAAGCUUUCGGCCUCCUGAAGUCUCAACAGGAAGAAAAACUCAACGCCAUCAAUGAGGCAUUUCUGUCGGACCCACAGUAUGCAGAAGAGGAAGACCUUUGCUCCAAGCUGGAGAUGUUUAAAAAGAAAUACAUGGAGUUUGACCACAACGACAAAGGAGACAUCGACAUGAUGGGGCUGAAGCGGAUGCUGGAGAAACUGGGACUGGCCAAGACUCACCUGGAGCUGAAGAAGAUGAUGACGGAAGUGUGCGGAGGCACGACGAAGGACACCUUCGGCUACACAGACUUCCUGAAGAUGAUGCUGGGGAAGAGGAACGCAAUUCUUAAACUGAUUCUGAUGUUCGAGGGGAUGGGGAAGGAUCAGGAGCAGACACAAACGGGUCCCCCGGGUCGCAAGACGUUCUCUGACCUGCCGUGAAUCCCACUCUGACUUCUCUGAACAUCAAAAUCCAGAACACAAUAAAGUCAAAUUCUGGAGUCAACAUCUGUGUCACAGG